ACUCCACGACACAAAGCCAAAAGUAAAUUCUGUCAUCCUCGACCAGCGCUCUUUCUUUCUCCACUGUAAUAAUAAUAAAAAAAACCAGACCUUUUGGAGCUCAGUGUCUCUCCUUUCACGAGCUUUCUCUGCACUUGGUAAAAAGUUUAGGGUUCUCUUGUCUCUCUUCACCACCAAAGCCAAAAGAUGUUUAUCCUCUCUUGCGAAUCGUUCUUUUAAAGAAACCCAUUUUACCAUGUCUUGCCGUAAACCCAUUUUUGUGGUCUUUUCUUAGCUUUUAGCCCUCUAUCAUGUGAACCUCACCAAACCCAGCUGUACCUAGUUGUUGUUUCUUCUUCUUCUUCUUACUAAAGUCUGAAUCUUUCUAGCUAUUUUCAAAGUUUUUGGGAUCUAAUUGGCUUUCUUAUGACACCCCAAUACAGUUACUGUUAACUUCUAGCUCUUUUUUUUUUCUUUCUCUUUAGCCUUAUUAAGUUAUGUUCAGUCUUAAGAGAGAGGAGACAGAUAAAGACAUUAGUGUCAAAAAUAAAGGAGGAGAAUAAUUCGGGUUCUUCUUGCUUUUUUGAAAACGAUCAUGUGAAGCAAAAUUUAGUGUUGAACGUGAUGGAUUUUAGUGUUUUCUCAUGAGGGUCUCUCUCCUUUUCAACUCUCACUGCUAAAAGGAGAACCUUCAAUUCACUGAUUUCUAUUUGCAACCUCAAGAAACCUGUGAAGCUUCCCUGAUCGAGGCUGCUUUUUGGUAGUUUUGGUAGAUCAAGCCUCUCUCACUAUGGAUAGCAUUUAUUUUUUAGCUUCGCAUUGUGUGAGGGGUAGAGGAUGUUGAGGUAAUAUCAAUGGAGAUAUGAACAGACUGUAGUGAAGAUCUAGAUGCUUGUUUAAGUUGUGGGUUGUGUUUAUUUGUUUCUUUGUGGAGUUGGUUAUAUAGUUACUAGUUUGAUAAUGGAGGAUAUUGGGCUGGUUAAGCGUGGGCGGAAAUGGCUGCAAACGCAGAAACAUGCCUAUUGGCGGGCGAAAACUACAGUGGGGUGUUGGCGGGACAAGAUUGGUAUGUUUAUAGAGAGGCAUUGGCCUAUGGUGUGCAAUGGAUGUGCAAGAUUUGGAAGAUUGAUGCGUUUGUUGUUGAUUUAUUGGAAAGAUUGUGUUGUGAGGGGUUUUAAUUCAGUUAUCAAAUUGGGUUCGGCGGCUUUGCUUCUUAUAAUGUGGAGUUGCUUUCUUAGUCUCACUUCAAUGUCUUCCUUGCUUUAUGUACUACUUUGUAUGGGAGCUGCGGGAGCUGCUGUUCAGUAUUUGGGCUACACUCCUGGACUUUUUAUUGUAGGACUGUUUGCUAUUUUAAUUUUAUGGAUGUAUGCUAACUUUUUGAUAACUGGAACAUUAUUUAUAGUUGGAGGUUAUUUGUUCUCUCAAAAUCAUGCACGGCUAGUAGUCUUAAUGGCGACUAUAUAUGCUAUUUAUUGUGUGAAAGUUCGAGUUGGAUGGCAUGGUGUUUUCCUAUCAAUAAACCUAACAUUUUUCUCAAACGAUAUUUUAAAUUUCCUGCUUCAAUGGUGUGAUAAUGUCAGGGAAAGCACCCAAUUUGAAGAACACAAGGAAACUGAAACAGUUCUGGAAGAUGAGUUUUUUUCUGAGGAAUGUGAAUUCUCGAUUCCUGCUGAUGAAUCUGAGAAGGUGCAGUCAUGCAAAUCAUCUAGCAAACCAGCUGCAAGCGCGUCUGUUGUGAAUAACCAAAAAGAGUCUUCUGCUAGAAAAGUAGUUGUAGAAGAAGAAACAAGCUCAGCUGAUGAGAUGAAAAGAAUAUUAGAUAGUGGAGGUCAUUAUGAAGCACUGGGAUUUCCUCGCCACAAGCGAAUUGAUGUUGCAAUUUUGAAGAAGGAAUACCGGAAAAAGGCCAUGCUUGUCCAUCCUGAUAAAAAUAUGGGAAGCCCUUUAGCAAGUGAAUCAUUUAAGAAACUUCAAUGUGCUUAUGAGGUUUUGUCUGAUUCUGUGAAGAAGAGGGACUAUGAUGAGCAAUUGAGAAAGGAAGAAUCUAGGAGUAGGAGUGUAUGCGAGAAAUCCCAUAGUACUUCACGUCAGGAUAAUUCAGAUUACUGCUCUGAGGAAUCGAGGUGGAUACAUUGCACCAAGUGUGGCAAUUCACAUAUAUGGGUGUGUACUAAUAGGAAUAAGGCCAAGGCAAGAUGGUGCCAGGAUUGCCGCCAAUAUCAUCAAGCCAAGGAUGGAGAUGGAUGGGUUGAAUAUAAAGGCUCAUUGAUCUUUGACAAGCCUCAGAAGAUGGAAAUUCCGCGUGCAUUUGUUUGUGGUGAGAGCAAAAUCUUUGAUGUAUCAGAAUGGGCUAUUUGCCAGGGGAUGCUAUGCAGGCCCAACACCCAUAGGCCAAGCUUCCAUGUAAACAUGGUUGGCUUGGAGAAGACAAAAUGGUCCAACUCAAGCAAAUAUCCAUGGGAUUUGGAUGCUGAAAUGAUGGAUGAGAAGGAAGAAGAAUUUGAGGUGAGGCUUCAGCAGGCUUUUGGCCGUUUUUGUGAGACCUCCAAACGUAGAAAGAGUUGGAGUCCUUUUAAGUUGCCCCAAAAGAAAGGGAAGAAGCAAUGGCGAAGAACAUCAACUUGAAUGAAUUCCCAUUGCAACCAAAUGGAACUGUGCUUUUGUUCCCCUGUUGUGGGGGUGAUUGGUUUGGAUCGAGAUCACCUGUUUCACCAAUGGAAUGUGAUUUGGUGAUUCCAGCAAAGCCAAAUUUGAGGAAUUGAGCUGGGUUUUAGAGUCUAAACAAAAAAAGACAGAUGGGUUUUGGGUGUAAUUUUCAAGCUUGUAACAGGCAGUUACCUUGCAGCAUGCGACUUGUCAUAGGUUCUGUCAAUGUCAGAAUAACCCCCAUCCCAUCAAAGGAAGAAAAAAUCAAGAUACAUUUUGCACAAGCAGCACAUAAUGUUAGCCUUUUUGCACUAAUUUUCAAUAUUUUGUACAUAUAAUAUUCAAUUUCAAUAAAUUUCUCAUUUACUUAA